AUGUUAUCGAAAACAAGUCUAGGAUUUUUGAUAUUCCUGAUAUCUUUUGUCGGAAUCCUCGCAAACAUUUUUGUUCUUCGCCCGGUUUACAAACUUGCAAUAAAUCCUAAAAAAUCAUCGAUUUAUGUUAUCUCAUUUUUCAAUAUUCUCGCAGACAUCGUUAAUUUGAGUCAAUCUGCUUUCUAUUUAGCUCCAUGUAUAAUUUUCGAAAGCUAUAUUUUUGAGACGGAAAAUGAUGUGGGAAUCCCUAAAUUCAUGGGAUUUUUGAUAAUGCUCAUUUGGUAUAUCGGAAACAUAACACAAAUUGUAAUGGCUACAAAUAGGUACUGAUUUUUUUGAAACUUUGUGAUUCAAAAUCUAAUGUUUCCAUAGAUACGUAGUGAUUUGUUCUAACAAUCAUAAAAUCUUCACACGUCAAAAAAUCUGCUUGAUAUUUGUAGUAACUCUUGUUUUUGCAACAGUAAAAGCAUACAUAAUUGAAUAUGUGUUUCCAUGCUGCGUGUAAGUCUUUUGUUCUUAAAACCUUAUAAGUUGUUAUAAUUAAGGUUUGUAUUUGAUCACGAAAUUCUAUCAUACAGUUAUAUUCGAGUGUCAGAAAUUCUGAACUAUACAGAUCUGAGUGAUUUACCAUUAAAUGCAUUAAGCACAAUUGUAGCAGUUAUUUGUUACACAUCGGUGAGUUUCAGCUUCAAACAUGUAUCUAUUUGAAAUUGUUAAGAUUAUCUACAAAAUCCACAAAUCCAACAAAAUUGUCAUUCACCUCAUUUCUUACAAAGAUCAAAAACAACGUCGGAACAAAGAAUUCAUCUACGCUAUGCAAUUUUUCUCAAUCUCGCUUUUCUAUACUUUUGCAUGGGUUUUUCUUCGAUUGUUCCCAGUUCUGUUCGGAGGCCAAAAUGCAGAAUGGUUUUCACUUAUUGCAUUUUGCGUGAUAAUUAAUAGCAGUGCUAAUGCGUUUAUUUAUCUCAUUUUCAACCAAGAGGUAAAUUUAUCUCAUUUCUUUCUAGCAGUGUUUUUUAUUACAGAUCAGCGAAAUAAUUAAACCAAGUCAAAAACAAUCGAAAAUUUGGCAAAUUCGAUAA